AUGAAGGUCGUAAUACUGAUUGCUCUGUUGGUUGUAGGUGCUUGGGCCUCAAGCACUGAAGAACCAAGUGAGUCGAGUGAAUCCUCCACUCCUGCUUCUCCUUCACAGAUUGCCUUCUCACCCUUUCUCAUUUACGAUGACAGAUUCGCCCUGGGAACUUUUGCCAAGGUCAACUGGUUCCAGGCUCAAGCCACCUGUGCUGCUAAUGGAUAUACCUUGGCCAGCAUCAAUAGUGAAUAUGAUCAGCAACGUAUACGUAAUUUCUUCUAUACUCGUGGCCAUUCGCAAUUGCAUUUGUUAAACCAACCCAUCUGGACAUCCGGCACUGAUUUGGCUGAUACCAAUAAUUGGGUUUGGUUUGGUAAUGGACGCAGUUUCACAUAUCGCAAUUUCCAGAAUGACUCCCCAACAUAUUCCAAUGGAAGUUGUUUGGGCGUCAAUGGCAUUACCAGUCUCUGGUUGAAUGAAAAUUGCUCUAAUCUACAUUAUUUCCUCUGCGAAAGACGUUGUGCCGAAGGUGGCGACUACUAUAGAUAAAUGAUUAAAGUCCUUUUAAUCUUUAAGUCCUAAUCUGGUGUUGGCUUAAUAAAUAUUGUGCAAAUGCAAAA